AUUAACAGCCAUUGUUAGCUUUUUACAAAGUAAACUUUCAAUAAUUUUUCUUUUGAAUUUUCAAUUAAUUCAGAUCAGAUGUCUAAUAUUCAACAGAUCGUGGAAGAAAAGCUCAAGAAAGAACUUGCAACGACGCAUUUGGAUCUUGUAGAUACAUCAGAUGGGUGUGGUGCUAAGUUCCAGGCUCUCGUUGUCUCACCACAGUUCGAGGGGAAACCUCUCCUGCAAAGGCACAGACUUGUGAAUACUGUGAUUGCUGAAGAAAUGAAAACUAUACAUGCCUUCCAAAUGAAAACAUUAACACCAGAGCAAUGGGCAAAGCAACAAGAACAAAAUUAAGCAACAACUCCUGAACUUCUCUGACCUCAUGACAUCUGCUGGACAUCAUGCUGCAUUGUCUGAAAUAUUUCGUCGCCCCUAGCUUCUACAUGUCUGUCCAUGGAUCUUGCUCUAGCGUCUUGUUCUCUUUCAUUAUGUCCACUGCUUGAGCUUGAGUUCGAACGUCCUUUUGAUGACUACCUGUAAGUUCGAGUGAUCUGCUGCUUGCAUUUCGUUCUACAAAACAAUUUUGUGACCCCUGCCAGUUAGGAUGAGGAAAAAACAGUUGAGCUUAUGAAGUCUUCGCUUUAUGAAGUCCUAACUUUAUUUCCAUAGUGAUACCAAUUAUGAAUUAGCAAAUUAAAUAUUUCAUACAGACA